AUGCUGAGGAAGUACGAAUCGGAUCCAUCACAUAUUUUACGAUGGACAAAUGUUGUUAUUGAUGAGGACGUGACCGACGAAGAAGGUCUAGUCCAGAUUCUUGAUUCACGGGAACAGGUCUUGCAGACCAAGACCAUUCCAUUGGUUAAGGUCUUGUGGAGACACCACGGCGUCGAAGAGGAUACCUGGGAGCUCAAACAGGAGAAGGAAGUUGUGGAGCUUAAUUUAAAAAAAGGGGGAGAGAUUCUUCAUCUCGACAAUGUAAUUAAUAUAGAAAAGGUUAGUAGUUCACACAUAAGACUUGUCUCUGAAGCAAAAACUGGUCAUGAAGCUUCAAGUGCAGAGAUUAAGUUGGUAGUUGGAGAUUGGAAUGCUACCAAGUUUCAUUCAGAUAAACAAGGAGGCCGUUGGGUACCUCAAAAGCUUCUUGAUGAAUUUAAUGAAUACCUGCACAAUACUGGUUUGAUGGAAUUAUUUGCCUCUAAUGGGGAUUGGUCUUGGUGUAAUAAGCAAGGAAGGAAAAGAAGAAUUAUGGCAAAAUUGGAUAGGGUUUUUACAAAUGAUGCUUGGCUGCAAUUAUUUACAGGUACAAAAAUUUCAUAUUCUGCAUCAUUCUCUUCUGAUCACUAUGGAGUAGUUAUUAAUAUUUUUAGACAAUUUACAAGUGGCCCUAAGCCCUUUAAAAUGUUAAAAAUAUGGUGUUUGCAAGAUGGUAUUAUGGAGGUGAUCAAGAAAGCCUGGGAUGUUCCUAUACCGGCUACUCCCAUACAUAUUCUUCUAAAAAAACUUAGGAAGGUUAAGGCUGCUGUUAAGCUGUGGAAUAAGGAAUCUUUUGGGGAUAUUGAAGAGAGGGUGUUAACCACUAAGAAAUCACUAGAAGAGAUUCAGCUAACACUUCUUGACAACCCCACAAAUGAUAUGUUUGACAAAGAAAAUCAAGCUCAGGAUGAUUAUUCUGAUGCAUUGUCUGCUCAAGAGAUUUUAUAUGUUCAGAAAUCAUGGAUCGUGUGGCUCAAAGACAUUGACAGAUGUACAGGCUAUUUCCACUCCAAAAUGAAGCAACACCAUCAGUUUAAUGCAAUUACAUCUGUGGAUUACGAGAAUGGAUAG